AUGUCAUCUCCCUUUAGACGUCUAUUGCAUUGGGGUCCAAUAGCGGUUUUAGGUAUAAUUAAACUAAUAACAUGGGCUAUGAUACAUUUAAUGAGUAUGUGGUGGCCACCACAUGUUUCAAUUGCUGCAGUGAUUCACUCUGUCAUGUUUAUCAGUCUUGCAGCACUGACCCUUUAUUACUUCUUACAAUCACUUCUGGAAGGACCAGGAUUUGUUCCAAAUGGGUGGAAACCUGAAAAUGAAGAAGACACUGAAUAUUUACAAUAUUGUACAGUUUGUGAGUCAUAUAAAGCACCUAGGUCACAUCAUUGCAAAAAAUGUGGAAGAUGUGUAAAGAAGAUGGAUCAUCACUGUCCGUGGAUAAACUGUUGUGUUGGCCAUGCUAAUCAUGGGUACUUCACUACAUUCCUAAUGUUUGCAGUAUUAGGGUGUUUUCAUGCAUCUAUAGUUCUGGUUAUAUGUUUGUACCACGCAAUAAAUAGAGUAUGGUACAUGUACAAUGGGACAGGACAAGAGCCAAUGAUCUACCUCACACUCAGCACACUGCUUCUCACGUUGUUAGCCACUGGCAUGGCUGUUGGUGUGGUCCUCGCUGUUGGUGCACUUCUGUAUUUCCAGAUACGUGGAAUACUCAGCAACCGUACCACAAUUGAAGAAUGGAUUGUAGAGAAAGCUGUAAGCAGACGAGAGGAACAAGGUCUUCCACCUCUCAUUUACCCAUAUGACCUGGGUUGGAAGAAGAACUGGCAGUUAGUUUGGUCCGGUGUUCUGUAUGACGGAUUGAAAUGGCCAAUUUUAGAUGGAUGUGGCCAGUACGACCUAACAAUGGAACAAAAGGCCCAAAAAAUUGAGAAGCAACUACGUUCGCGUCUCUUCACAGCGACAUCCAGUUACUCUGGACAUUGGGUGCCGAUCUUGACUCGGCCGCGGGCGGCGCUGUCUGUCCCUUGCUCAGAUGAAGCAAGACUACCAUUACAGCCAGGUGACAUAAUCCGUGCUACGCGCCAGAGAAGACAGUGGCUAUUUGGUGAGAAGCAGGUAGGAAUGGGAGAAGCGAGUAAAGGACCACGUGGCUGGUUUCCCCGGGACGCAGUUGUACCCACCGAUGAGAUGAAAAUCAAACCAGAUUAG